AAUAAAAUGGAACAAAGAAUAACAGGAUGGAGACGUUAUACACUAGUACAACCACCUGUGAUGAUAUUAGUAUUUGCUCAAGCGAUUACAAGUAAUAUUUUAACUGACCUGAUACUGUAUCGUGUUUGUAGUAUAACGUUAGAUAUAAAUAAAACAGAGUGUUCACUAUUACAUAAAAACAGUAGCUGUGCAGAAGCAUUGAGAAUAGAUGCACAAGUACAACCCGAAGCAACCUUGAUUUUGACGAUUAAAACCUUUAUUGAAAGUAUUUUCCCUGCAUUGUUGUCCUUAUUUUUGGGACCAUGGAGUGAUAAACAUGGAAGAAAACCUAUAUUAAUAGCAGGAUAUAUUGGUGUGUCUCUGACAUAUUUAAUUUUUUCAUUCCUGACUGUUUGGGAUAUCAGUCCAUGGUUUUUGCUGAUUGCAUAUAUUCCAUCUGCAUGUUUUGGAGGAUUUUGUAUAAUUUUGUUGGGUACUAUCUGUUACAUUUCUGACAUAUCAAAUGAACGAGAAAGAGCGUGGCAAUUAGCUUGGAUGGAUGCUUUAUUAUUUUUUGGCCUUAUAAUUGGUAUAUUAGUUGGUCCUAUUCUCUUCCAAGCAUAUGGAUAUACAUUUGUAUUUGGUUCUUCUACUGUGUGUUGCAUUUUGGCAGGAAUAUAUGUUUAUUUAAUUCCUGAAACUAUACAAGAUAAUAAUUCUAAAACUUUGAGUAGCUUGUUUGAUGUACAUUUAGUCAAGGAACUUAUCAGUACAUGCACAAAAAAACGAAAUGGUUUCAAUCGAUACAUAGUUUGGUGCUGUAUAAUUGUCAUUACUCUGUUAGUGAUAAUUAUACAAGGAGAAAUGACUAUUGGAUAUUUGUUUACGAGCGCUAAACUUGGCUGGGAUGUAAAUACAUAUUCUGUUUACCUAGCUACUAAAAUAUUCCUCAUAACUUUUGGAAUAAUAUUCGGAGUGAAAGUUUUGACGACUUAUACAGGAUUUUCUGAAGAGGUAGCAGCUCUAUUAUCAGUAUUAUCAACUUUAAGUUGUUCUUUAGUUCAAAGCUUUACAUGGAAAUCAUGGCACAUGUAUUUCUCAGCAAUUAUUGGUACAUUUAGCGGUGUUGCUGGUCCAAUGAUGCGUUGUAUAUUAUCUAAAUCUGUUCCCUCAGAGGAUACUGGUAAAGUAUUUUCUUUGGCAGUAUCUAUAGAAACAUCAACACCAUUUGUAGCAGCCUCUUUGUAUGGAUUUAUUUACUCACAUUAUAUGCCACCUAUCUACCCUGCACCAAUCUGGCUGGUAUCUGCAGGAAUUUCUGUCAUUGUGAUAUUUCUAUUGGUAAACAUACGAAUUCAAAAUGCAAAAUCUAACUCCAUUAUGCAUCAGCCAUUGACACAAGAGAGUGAAUAA